GGACAGACUGCAACCCUGGAGAUUCCCACUGUGGUGGGAUACAAAAACCCCUAAAUUUAAUCUAUCGCUGGACCCAGAGCCUCUGUUUUUACAUGUAUAUGCUGGAAGUUCUGUCUGGACUGGUACGUGGUUGGAAUACGGCGGACAGCAGAGCGUGGACUGGAGGCACAAAAUUAAGCGGUUAAGGGUUUAUCAGAGGAAUCUACUAGCAUGCUUUUCAACUUGAAAUUUAUGGAUGUUACAGGAUGAAACGUCUCAGGUCCUCAAGCGGCAGCAACAGUUCUGACAAUGAGAGUCCCUCUACCUCCUUCUGCUCCUCCAAUAAGUAUGGCAGCAAACCUGGAACCCCCAUCUCCAACCCGAAGAAACCGGCUGAAGUGUUCAGAAAAGACCUGAUCAGUGCCAUGAAGCUGCCUGACUCCCACCAUGUGUCUGCAGAGGACUACUACCUGUUGGCAGACACCUGGAAGCAGGAAUGGGAGAAGGGAGUCCAAGUGCUGGCAAGUCCAGAUACCAUCCCAGAGCCGUCAGUCAGAGUUAUUGUGGAGAAGCCCAUUGAGGUUCUUUACACUCAUCACAGGAAGCACAUCCAGUGCUCGAGCCAGGAGUCAACAGAACCAGGUUACGUUAACAUCAAAGAGCUGGCAGAGGCCAUGUGUCGCUACGACCUGGAUGACGUGGACCUGUACUGGCUGCAGGCACUCAAUAGAGAGCUCGACCACAUGGGGGAGGAGCCCAUAGACGAGCUGACAAUGGAGCGCGCCAUGGAGGCCCUGGAGAGGCAGUGCCAUGACAACAUGAACCACGCCAUCGAGACCGUGGAGGGUCUGGGGAUUGAAUACGACGAAGACGUCAUCUGCGACGUGUGCCGCUCCCCCGACAGCGAAGAGGGCAACGACAUGGUGUUCUGUGACAAGUGCAACAUCUGCGUGCACCAGGCCUGUUAUGGCAUCGUCAAAGUGCCUGUUGGAAACUGGCUGUGUAGGACGUGUGUCCUCGGCAUCGACCCGCAGUGCCUUCUGUGUCCUCAGAAGGGCGGUGCCAUGAAGGCGACACGUGCCGGCACCAAGUGGGCGCAUGUAAGCUGUGCCCUGUGGAUACCAGAGGUGAGCAUCGCUUGUCCUGAGAGGAUGGAGCCCAUCACCAAAGUCUCCCACAUCCCACCCAGCCGCUGGUCUCUCAUCUGCAGUCUGUGUAAACUGAAGACAGGCGCAUGUAUCCAGUGCUCGGUGAAGAACUGCACCACUCCUUUCCACGUGACAUGUGCCUUUGAGCACAGCCUGGAGAUGAAGACUAUCCUGGAUGAAGGGGAUGAAGUCAAGUUCAAGUCGUACUGCCUCAAGCACAGCAAGUCUAAAACUGGGGACGCUGGCCUGAGCCCAGCUCGCUCUAAAGCCCCCGCUGAGGUGGAGAAGGUGGGCCAGCGGGCACAGAGGCUGCAGGAGCUGGAGGAGGAGUUCUACACCCUAAUCCAGCUGGAGGAGUUGGCCCAGGCCCUCGGGCUCUCCGAGCGCCUGGCAGACUUCAUCUAUCAGUACUGGAAGCUGAAGAGGAAAGCUAACUUUAACAAAGCUCUGCUGCCCCCUAAAGAGGAGGAGGAGAACCUGGUGCUGCAGCCUCAGGAGGACAGCAUCCACACACGCAUGCGGAUGUUCAUGCACCUGCGGCAGGAUUUGGAGAGGGUGAGGAAUCUGUGUUACAUGGUGAGCCGGCGGGAGAAGCUGAAGCUGCUGCAGAGUAAAGCCCAGGAGCAGAUGUUCAACUUGCAUGUGAAGCUGGUGAACCAGGAGCUCUCUGCUGGCCUUCCUUCUUCAUACCCAGUGGAGAGCAUGCUGUUUCGUCCUCCUCCGAGGAUAACCCUGAAGCUUAAAAUGCCCAAAUCCUCAAGUCUCGGAAAUGGAAAUUCCAGUUCCAAGUCUGGUAAUGGGCCGCUGUGCCCGGACAAUAGCGGCAAUGUUACUGAACAUGCAGUUGAAGGGCUGGGUCAGGGGAAGCCUCAGCUGCACGGACACGGUCGGAGAGACGAGCGCUCCAACGGGCGGCUGUCUUCUUCGAGCAGCUCGGUACUGCCUGUUAAACCCACCGGCAAACCUUUAGCCCUGCACGCUGCGCUCCACGGCCACUCCUCCAACAGCAACGGCAAACUGGACCAAGACAGGGCUAAAUCUAACGGCCGCUUCGAGAAGUUUGUAGCUCAGAAGGACAGUUCUUGCCAGACGCCCAGCGAUCAAGACACUCCAAAUCAGGCUUUGGACAAGAGCAGCUUUCGCAAGUCUGCCAUGGAGCACUUUGGCAGGUCCUUCAAAGAGGCGACCAUUAACUUGGUACGGACCACAAAGGACCUGCGGGCCUCUGACAAACUGUCCCGAAAGGGUUCAGGCAAGGAGACGCUGUGGGCCAAACCCGUGGCUGAACACAAAGUGAAAAGCGCAAGAUCGUACCAGGACAGUGACGGAUACUGUCCCGACCUGGAGCUCAGUGACUCAGAGCCGGAGGCCAAAGGGAGGCACGGGCGGCAGGUCGGGCUGCCUCAGCCCGACGCUUCGAGGAAAGGGGUCAGUCGUGGGAAACAGUCGCUCGGUUCCAGGCACCCCGUGCAAAGGUGACGGCUGUUUGCUCACUCAGCUCGCCGCUGCCGUUCUCUCCUGACCUUCUUCCCAAGUGCCAGGCCGUCUCUGUGAACACAUCUCCAUACGGGACCAGACCCAACACCCAGUGCUCAUGGUGCUGCAUGCAUGAACCAGAAGAUGCAUGACGGGUCGUCAAGAACAUCUCCCAGUGGGUUUCAUGAAGAAACGCAGCCUUGUGUUAGUUUGAGAGGAACAAAUCUCUCCGUCUGCUGAGAUUAUCAUGCUUGCCUUUCAUUGUGGCUCGCGGUACAUUUUGUACUCAACUUUGUAUGAAACACUCGUGCUCCCCCACACACAGGUUCAACUUGCCUUUGACUGAAACUGCUGUACAUAAGAAGGUCAAAUUGACGUGUAAAUCAUGUGUAACUGAAUCACACACCUUCCACUUUGUUGAUACUUCUAAAACUGAAUGAAGGUUGCUGCAGAAGUUAAAACCAACAUGCCAGAUGGGAUUUUGUAGUGAAUUCUGGUCUCUCCUGCAUCUGUUUCUUGCACACUGUCUGUUGCAGUUAACCUGCGAUAAACUGACUCGGUGACCUUUUUAUAUUCGUCAAGUAGUGGAGUCAUUUUUAUGAACACAAAUGCCUUUUGUGUGUAGGAACACGGCUUCACACUAUUAGUACCUUCAGUCAUGGUUAGAUGAAUGGACCCUGAAAAGCAUUUAAGCUCUUGUCUCAAAAUGGACAGAAAUGUGCGUCAGAGUGUGAUUACAUUACCUGAUGUGUCCAUCAGUAACGUGGUUGAAACUGGAUGCAUAAAAACAAAGUACAGAUAUGUAAUUGAUGGCCUUUAUUAUUGGUCUCAGAUCAUCACAUGAUCAGUCGUCACUACCACAGACUUUGAACUUUGGAACUGUUACUUGUGUCACAUUUUUUGAUAAUAAAUGAUCUGGUGUAA